AUGAACUACUUGGCUUGCUUAAGCCGUUGCUUUGGUUUAGCAGCGGGCAACGUGAAGGUAUCUCAGUUUGAGCAGGCACUAAAUGAGAUUCAGCUCGACACAUCAACUAUGGGUAGCAAUGUGGUUAUAAUUAAAAAAGGAAGACGAAUUUGCGGAAAAGGAGGGGCAAUAUGUAAUUUUCCAAUCGUUCAAAAUAAAGCGUACUUUGAAGCAAAAAUUCAGCAGUCUGGCAUUUGGGGAGUUGGCCUUUCAACUAGCAAUGUAGAUCUCAAUUUAACACCUCUAGGAACUGACAAUCAGAGUUGGAUCUUGCGACAAGACGGCAAGAUUGUUCACAAUAAUACAGUAUUACACGAAAUCACAAAGCCCAUCCAGGAGGGUGACAUCAUUGGCGUUUCAUUCGAUCAUGUCCAGCUGAAGUUCUACAUCAACAACGUCCCAAUGGACUAUGAGGUGAGCAACAUCAAAGCGGGGAGCGAGGACAUUUACCCCGUAGUGUACGUUGACUCCGGUGCCAUCAUCGACAUGGUCUUCUCGCAUGCAUCCUUUGCCUACCCACCGCCGCCUUCAUACGAUGCCAUCCUCAUCGAAAAGGUUCUCCUAUGA